AUGUUUUUAUCAAUUUUAGUAGUUUCGCUUGCUGGUUUAAUCGCCAAAUCGCAAUGCUCAUACCUGGAAUUAAGCGACAACUUUUCGGAAUUGAGGAAAAACGGCGGACACUGGCUAAUCAAGUUCUACGCCCCUUGGUGUGCACAUUGUCAAAAACUCGAACCAGUUUGGGCUGAAGUCGGCGAGGCACUGAUUCACACAAACAUCAAAGUCGGUCGGAUAGAUUGCAAUCACUACCCUAGAAUAGCGUCUGAGUUCGGCAUUCGCGGAUAUCCCACAAUUAAAUUUAUUAAAGCGGAUUCCGAGCACACUUUCACCGGUGAGAGAAAUACAGCGGAAAUUCUAACAUUCGCUUCACGAGUAGUCGGAGAGGCUGUCAACGAAAUCUCAACCCCCGAAAAGUUCGAUAAAAUCAAGCAAUCCAAGUCGGUGUUCUUCACAUUCGUUGGUAACCAAAGCAGCGACUACUGGGAGACUUAUCUAGACGUUGCUAAGAGAUUUCAACCGUACGCUAGCUUCUACUUGUUACACGAAGAUGUCGCCAAGAAAGUCUUGCACGUGCCCGAGCCGCCUGCUCUGUUUGUUUUCAAAGAAAACGAGCCCAGUUACUUUUCAGCUUCUGAAGUAAAAGUGCCAGGUGAUUCUUCUCUGAACGCCUCUAUGAGUAAAUGGGUGAAUGAGGAACGUUUCGGCACUUUCUUGAGAGUAAAUAGAGGCAACUUGAACGAUCUGAUGCUGUUGAAUCGCUACGUGGUGUUGGCUGUUGUCGAUGAGAAGAAACUGGACGAGGAUCCUUCCAUGGCAAAGUUCAAAGACAUGGUGGAGAACAUCAUCAAAGGCAACAAAAGGAAGUACCGCAAGAGGUUCAUUUUCGGGUGGAUUGGCAAACCGGAUUUCGCGAAUAACAUCGCUUUGGAUUACGUACCUCUACCUAAUUUGUUGGUAAUAAAUUCCACCAAUCAUUACCAUCAUAUUCCGGAUGUAGAGGAUUGUUCGAAGAUGACCUCUCACGAUGUGGAGCUGUUCCUAGAGACUAUUUACAACCAAUCUGCAAUUGCUUAUGGGGGCAAUGGUUUUGGGACACGUAUCUACAGAGCGUAUUUCGAGGCGAAAACUAGCGUUGUGGAUUUGUGGCAAGAAAAUCCCAUUCUAACUUCUCUAAUAUUUACCAUUCCAAUGUUGUUUAUCACAUCUCUGUUUUAUUUAAUGUGUUUUGGUGAUGUAAUGGAUAAUGGGGCAGAUGAGGAUGAAGCCGAUGAUGAAGAUUUGGAUGAUGCAGAUACUUUACUUGUUUCAGGUUCUCACCUUAAAAAUGAAUAA